CUAAGUUGAGUGUCCACACACCGCGCGUCUCCGCGUCUUCCUCCUCGUUCCGCUGUCUCGUAGCUCUGCGCCGCCACCGGGGGAUCCGCCGGAACGCGCCCCGGACUCAGAGCGCCAUGGCCCGCGUGGUGGUCGAAGGGAUGCCGGAGGAGAAGACGGCCGCGGCCGGAGGAGGAGUGAUGCUGAACCGGCGGAGGAGCAAAGCCCGGCGGAGAAAGCGAAAGGAGUUGUUCGGUAUCCAGAUGUGUUUGGUGGGGGUACUGCUGGGGCUGGUCACGGGGCUCCAGUCUGUGGCACAGAACGCAGGGUAUGGGGUUUCCAGCUCUGUGGUUGAAGGGGAGGCGAGGUGGGAGAGCCGUCACCUUUUACAACAUGUCUACGAAAAUGAGUCCAAGCUUUACUCUGAGCCUGAAAAGAACUGCACUGAACCAGCGAUCCACGAGUUCCCCAGGGAUUACUUCACCAACCAGGAGCGAAUUGACGGAGCAGUGGGUCUGCACGUCCUCUGUGCGGUCUACAUGUUUUACGCCCUGGCCUUGUUGUGUGAUGACUACUUCGUCCCCUCGCUAGAGAAGAUCUGUGAGCGUCUUCAUCUGAGUGAGGAUGUUGCUGGAGCGACGUUCAUGGCAGCGGGAAGUUCAGCUCCUGAACUGUUUACCUCUGUCAUCGGAGUCUUCAUCACGAAAGGUGACGUCGGCGUGGGCACUAUCGUGGGUUCGGCUGUUUUCAACAUCCUCUGCAUUAUCGGAGUGUGUGGGAUAUUCGCUGUACAGACGAUCCGUCUGUCCUGCUGGCCUCUGCUCAGAGACUCUGUCUACUAUACUCUGUCUAUUUCUGCUCUUAUAGUGUUCAUAUAUGAUGAAAAGGUGGUUUGGUGGGAGGCUCUUACGUUGAUCCUCAUGUAUUUUGUCUACAUUUUAAUUAUGAAGAUGAACUCGUACGUUGUUCGUUUUCUGGAGAGGCGGAAAAAAAAUUCAAGCAGUUUGAGGAACGGAGCGGCGAAUAACGCAGAACUAGACGACGGCUGCGACGCAACAGCUGUGUUAUUAAAGAAAGCUAAUCACCACAGGAAGACGUCGGUGCUGAUGGUGGACGAGCUGCUGUCGGCUUACCCCCACCAGCUGUCCUUCUCCGAGGCUGGCAUGAGGAUUAUGAUCACCAGCCACUUCUCCCCCAGAACCCGCCUCACCAUGGCCUCGCGAAUGCUCAUCAAUGAGAGGCAGCGGCUCAUCAACACACGGACUUUGACCAACGGCGACUCCGACGUCACAGUGAAAGGAGGAAGCAGGCGAGGCAUCGAAAAUGGACUUUCAGGAGCUGAGAGAGGGGUCAGGGUUCACCACGAUGACAGGGAGGCAGGAAACGAGACCGAGAAUGAGGACAACGAGAACAAUGAGAAUGAUGAAGAGGAGGAGGAAGAGGAUGGAGAGGGGCCCUUUGUACCCUUCCAGUGUCCAGCUGGUGCGUUCAAUAAGCUGAAGUGGCUGCUGGCCUGGCCUCUCUGCCUUGUGCUGUACUUCACCAUCCCCAACUGUUCCACACCACGCUGGGAGAACUGGUUCAUGCUGUCAUUUGUGUCGUCCACGCUGUGGAUCGCUUCUUUCUCGUACAUCAUGGUCUGGAUGGUAACGGUGAUCGGCUUCACGCUCGGCAUUCCAGAUGUCAUCAUGGGCAUCACCUUCCUGGCGGCCGGCACCAGCGUCCCCGACUGCAUGGCUAGCCUCAUAGUGGCACGACAAGGAAUGGGAGACAUGGCGGUUUCUAACUCAAUCGGCAGUAACGUAUUUGACAUUUUGGUGGGACUGGGACUCCCCUGGGCCUUGAAGACUCUGGCUAUCAACUACGGCUCCGAUAUAAAACUGAACAGCAAAGGACUGAUCUUCUCUGUGGGGCUCCUGUUGGCAUCUGUGUUUAUGACGGUCCUGGGAGUUCACCUCAAUAAGUGGACGCUGGACAAACGCCUGGGCUUCAUGUGUCUCCUCCUCUACUCCAUCUUCCUGUGCUUCUCCUGCCUCAUCGAGUACAACAUCUUCACCUUCGUCAACCUGCCCACCUGCCGGGACGAAUGAGACCACACACACACACCGACACACACCGAUGCGCGCACACACAUAUCCGCAGUAGAAGCGUAAGAUUCUUCAAACCACACAAAGCCUCUACUGUGGACGGAGAUCCCACUCUGUUCUAUUUCUGUGGAUUUUUUUUUUUUUUUUUUUUUUUUUUUCUUCUUUCUUUUUAGUACCAUCUUUUCUGCUCAGUGCAAUAUGGAGCACCUCUGGUUGUGCUUCGAAAGACCAGAGUGUGGGAUUGAUUUGAGGAGCAGAGAUGGACACGACAAGAACAUGGAAAGGAGAGACGACAACAAAAAGACUCAGUGUCCCGCUACUGCGUCCUUCUGAUGUGAGGACUUUUACUUUAGAAUUCCCCUUGGAAAGAGAGAGAGAGAGAGAAAGAAAGUGGGAGAGCAGAUGUGAAAUCUCCAGUUCGGAUGUUUACUAGCUGCUAACUUUUCCUGCAAAGUGGAGGCAGGUCUUUUAGAUAGAAUAGAUAAGAGUAAUAAGGAAAAAAAUGCAAUGAUAUAAGUUAUAUAAGUGGGCUGGAGGGUGAGGGUUAGUGCUGUGGUUUUAAGGGCGUUUUGCAGGUUUUGUUUUUUUUUUUUUUGUUUUUUUUUUAACAUUAUGUACAUAUGGUCCAGUUAGUUUUGCUUUUACGAAGUGGACUAAACAACUUUCCGUGACAGACGUAUCUUCUUCCAUCUGACUUUCACUCAUUUUUAACUUUUUUCUGCCUAUAUUUCAUUCAGUCGUGUAUAACUUCCUGUAAUUCAUCCAAAAAGUUCCGUCACACUGUAAACGAAGCAAACUACAAUUCAUUCGGACCCGGAUGAACACCAUCGCAACUACCACCACCUCUUUGGAGGACCGUCUGUUUGUUCGACUACAGCUUCACACCUGCUAAUUUCGUCUUAAAAGUCCCGAGGCAGGAACAAAACCUGUUAUGCAGAUGAGCACAUUUUUCUAACAUCAUUAUCUUACAACUCUUUCUGUUUCCGUUGUGUGAGCCAGGUUUUUUUUUUCCACAUCCAAGUGUUUUUCAUUUUGUGUGUUUUCCAGGUAAAAUUUCCCACAGAGAACCAGGGCAUUAUCCCAACGCCGUGUUAAAAACUAACUCCUAUAGCCUCACAGCUGUAGCUUCUAUGUUUUGUAAAAUGAAUUAGCUUUAUAGAGAGUUUUUUUUUUCUUUUCCUCUUGUAAAUAUUGCGCCUUUUGUAAAUACUCCCCAGAUAUCUUAUUUAUUAUUUAUUCAUGUCAUACGCACAUUUCUCCUCUGGAGGUCGCAGAAACACCUGGGCAGGUUUUAUUUAAAGACCCAGGGGGAUGCAUUUCCAAGAGGGACACACAUUUUCAGAUCUUCACACGUGUAUAAACAAGCACAAUUUUCUUCUGGGAGUCCUGUUGAUGUCAUUAGAGCAUGACAGAAGUUCUGGGUAUGGAUGUCAGGAUGUCAGACACAGACUUGCACUGAAGAGCUUAAAACUAGCUUAACUGAAAGCGGGUGGUGGGGGAGGGGGGAGGAGGGGGUCUCUCCUGUAAAUGCAUGCUGAUUAUGAGGAUGGCAUCCUUGUAAAAUGAAGCAGGUUUAUGUGAAAUUCCUAAAUGAUGUUUUGUGGUCGGUGAUCUCAUAGUCUGCGCUGCCACCUAGAGGCUGUCAACACAGAGUAACAGACUGCGUGUCUCGUAUCAAAGACCAAAUACUAAAAAAAAAUAAAUAAAAAAAUAAAAAAUGUAUAUAUACAGUGGAGGCAUUACUUAAAACAGCUGAGAAAAUCAGGAUGAGGUAUUUAAGUGAAGUAGAAUAAAGAUGCAAUAUGAAGCAUCAGGACUUUUAUCCCAACUCAGAUAUUUAACGUUGGGGUUUGUAGUGUUAUUUUUAUCCAGGAGUUCUUUGUAUUUUGUAAUGCCUAAUGUCUAGAUUUGUCCACAUAAUGGUAGGUUUGUGCUACAUGAAUAUUCCUACUAGUUUUUAGAGCAUGUACAAUGUGGUUCGUGAACCCUGCAAGGGGAAGGAGGGGGGGAGGGAUUUUUAUUCCAUCUUGAAAAGCACCUUGCAUCUCUGUCACACUGUUCCACUGCAUCACUGUCGGAGCCUGUUGAUUCGCACUCAGCGUCCGAGUUUUCCUCCAGAUGGGUUCAUUUUGAAACGUGGAAGUGCUCUAUUUUUUUUUUUUUUUUUAAUCUCC